AUAAUCGGUAAUUAGUUCUUUUUGGCGGGAGGUGUGCACACUCUUUUACUUUGCGCUGGGAUUUGUAAAAAUUUCGUUUAAAUAAAAUAUUUUAAAAGGAAUAAGUAAUGGAUCUUAACGAUGCCGUGUUAACAUGCGCGGUGAACAUACACUGGACAAAUGCGGUUGGCGUUACAGGCCGUAAGCUAGCCUACCGCACAGCAACGUUGCGUUUGGUGCGCAACGAUUUGCGCGAAAUGUUUGUUGAAGUGACGCCCGAAAAGCUGAAGCCGCUCAAGUUUAAGCUAAAGGACAUAAUGGUGCACAAGAAAUUCAUGGCCGAGGGCAAGGCGACGUUCAACUUCAAGGCGGAGAAGUGUGCUAUUUAUCUGUCGAAUGCGCCUCCCGGCACCUUGAUGCUCUUUCUGCGCACGAUUUUCAUCAAAAUGAACGGCGACACGACGCCACAGGACGAGGCAGCCAUGCAAAAGAAGCUGCGCGAGCAUAUGCUGAGCUCACGGCCCAGCACCUUUGAGGAGAUCUCCCCGGUGACCACAGCUGAAAUGGUUUUGGCACGCAAAAAGGCUGGACUCAUAACGCGUGGCAGCACGACGACGCCCUCGCCCCAGGCCACCAAAAAGCGACGCUACGACGAUCUGAAGGAGGACAAGAGUGGUGUGCCAGCUGCCAAGAAACUGUAUCAGCCCUCACCUCUGGCCAACAACACGGAGUCGGAGGAUUCGCUACGUCUCAGCGCCGAGCAAAUGGAAGUGCUGCGCGCUUGCACCUCGGGCAAGAACGUCUUCUUCACCGGCUCUGCGGGCACGGGAAAAAGUUUUUUGCUGCGCAAGAUCAUCUCGGCGCUCCCGCCAGACGGCACCGUGGCCACAGCCUCGACAGGCGUGGCCGCUUGCCUCAUAGGUGGCACCACGCUGCACGCCUUUGCCGGCAUAGCUGGCGGCGAUGCCACCUUGCAACGCUGCAUGGAGUUGGCGUCAAGGCCUGCUGCAGCGCAAACCUGGCGCAAAUGCAAGCGACUGAUCAUAGACGAGAUCUCCAUGGUGGAUGGACAGUAUUUCGAGAAAAUCGAGGCUGUUGCUCGUCAUGUGCGCCGCAACGAGCGACCCUUUGGUGGCAUUCAGCUCAUACUUUGCGGAGACUUCCUGCAGCUGCCACCUGUAAUCAAGGGCGAGACAGGUGUGCAACGCUUCUGCUUCCAGUCGAGCGCCUGGGAGAGCUGUAUUCAAUGCGUCUUCGAGCUGAAGCAAGUGCAUCGUCAAUCGGAUCCGGAGUUUGUGCAAAUACUCAAUCAUCUGCGCAUCGGACAUGUGAAUGAGAGCAUCUCGGCGAGAUUGGUGUCCACGUCCAAACAGAACAUCGAAGGCAAUGGGAUUUUGGCCACACAACUCUGCUCGCACACGAACGAUGCGAACUCCAUUAAUGAAUCGAAGCUGGAGAACUUGAGCGGGGAGAAAGUGCUAUUCCGUGCAGAGGAUUCGGAUGCAUAUAUGAGCAAGCAACUGGAUCAGCAGGUGCAGGCGCCGGCUCAGCUCUAUCUGAAAGUCAACGCUCAGGUAAUGCUGCUCAAGAAUAUAAACAUAGCCAAUGGUUUGGUCAACGGCGCUCGCGGCGUCGUUGUGCGCAUUGAGAAGGGGUUGCCCGUGGUGCGCUUCAAGAACAAUCAGGAGUAUGUAUGUCGGCAGGAGAAGUGGAUCAUUAAGACAGCUACAGGUGGACUGGUGACACGUCGCCAAAUACCGCUAAAACUCGCUUGGGCCUUCUCCAUACACAAAAGUCAAGGAUUGACGCUUGACUGUGUGGAGAUGUCGCUGUCCAAGGUCUUCGAGGCUGGCCAGGCUUAUGUAGCGCUAUCCAGAGCUAAAUCGUUGCAAUCUGUGCGAAUUCUUGACUUUGAUGCCAAGCAGGUGUGGGCCAAUCCACAGGUCUUGCAGUUCUACAAGAACUUCCGCAGGCGUUUGAUCGACACCAAUAUGAUACCGCUUGGACCCAAGAACAAGGAUAAAAAACCGGGCGAAAGGGAAGCAAGCAGCGCUUUAUCCAAGCUCAAGAAGAGCCUAAUGAACAAACCACUCGUCUCAAUUAGCUAACUUAAGUUACGAAUUCAUCUAGUUAAAGCAAUUUUGUAGAGCGCAAGGGUUUCGAUUUUGAGGGAGCUAAAGGCUAAAGGCUUCCCCAAGAUCCGAAUCCUUGAUAUUUUAAUGAGGUUAGU